CGGGGCGUGGGCAGGGGCUUGCAGCCCCGGGGGUCUCGGCUGGUCCGCUGCAGCGGGGUCCGGACGGCGCGGCGGUUGGCGGUAGGCGGCACAAGCCGGAGGCUCAGGGGCCUGGCGGAGGGAGAUCUACCGAGUCACAUAGGAACAGCCUACACUUUGGCCACCACAUCCGCUCAGCCAGCUGUCACCUCACACCUGCUCUGCACCAGGCCUCGAGCUGCCGGGCAGAGCCAUGAGCCCCAAGGCCUGCGGCUGGGGCCGGUAGCCCCGGAAGCUCUGGUGUGUGACUCCAUGUGUGGUUUGGCCCUGCGGUGACCAGCGUGACCCUGGUGGCCAUCAUGACUAGGCUCCUGGUGGCAAAGCUCCUCUGCAUGGUGGGCAUGUUCUUCUUCAUGCUGCUGGGUUCGCUGUUGCCCGUGAAGGUCAUUGAGGCCGACUUCGAGAAGGCGCACCGCUCGAAAAAGGUCCUCUCUCUGUGUAACACCUUCGGGGGUGGUGUCUUCCUGGCCACGUGUUUCAACGCACUGCUGCCCGCAGUGAGAGAUAAGCUGCAGCAGGUGCUGAGCCUGGGCCACAUCAGCACGGACUAUCCGCUGGCCGAGACACUCAUGAUGGUGGGCUUUUUCCUCACCGUGUUUGUGGAGCAGCUGGUGCUGACCUUCCGCCGGGAGCGGCCGCCUUUCAUCGACCUGGAGACCUUCAACGCAGGCUCGGACGCCGGCAGCGACUCAGAGUAUGAGAGCCCGUUUGUGGGUGCGGGCGGCCGCGGCUGCGGGCUAUAUCCCGAGCCCACAGCGCACACACAUGGUGCAGGGCUGCGGCUGCGGGAGCUAGGACGCCCCGGCCCGCUGCGGCUGCUCAGCCUGGUAUUCGCACUGUCGGCACACUCGGUGUUCGAGGGCCUGGCGCUGGGGUUGCAGGAGGAGGGUGAGCGUGUGGUCAGCCUGUUUGUGGGUGUGGCCGUCCACGAGACGCUGGUGGCCGUGGCCCUGGGCGUCAGCAUGGCCCGCAGCGCAGUGCCCCUGAGGGACGCAGCCAAGCUGGCAGUGACUGUGAGUGCCAUGAUCCCCGUGGGCAUCGGGCUGGGCCUGGGCAUCGAGAGCGCCCGCAGCGUGGGUAGCAGUGUGGCCUCGGCGCUGCUGCAGGGCCUGGCCGGUGGCACCUUCCUGUUCGUCACCUUCCUGGAAAUCCUGGCCAAGGAGCUGGAGGAGAGGAGCGAGCAGCUGCUCAAGGUGCUCUUCCUGGUGCUGGGCUACGCCGUCCUGGCCGGCAUGGUCUUCCUCAAGUGGUGACGGCCGCUCGCCUGCCUUGUCACCUGCUGCUGCUGCCCACCCGAGCUGUGGGUGUCCUGCGCCAGCCACACUCCAGGGCCACGGUCCACACUGGGGGCUUCUUGCACUCCACCCACUCCUGGCGCCACUGAAAAUGCUUUCAAAAGAAGUCUUAAAGUUCUUUACCAAA